CUGGGUCUACCAUUUUUAUUUAUGUAUUUCUUGUAUUUUAAGAGGUGUGAGAUUGACAGGCAGAUCCCACCGAAAUAAAUUAAUAAAUUCACCACACCCCCCCCAUCUUCAUAAAAACCCCUCAGAAUUCACCAUCUUUUUUUUCUUCUAUUAUUCAUCAGCUGUAAUUGCUGCACAGAACAGAAGAGAAGAGGAGGAGGGGGUUAAUAAGAAGUAGUACUAGUAGAAAUAUAGUAGCAGUACUCCUCUCUUUUCUUUUUAGAAAAAAGAAAAAGAAAAAAAAAAGAUGCUAGGAGUUUCUGGGAUAAUAAGCAGAACUAAUUCAGGAGGUGGGGGAGAAAAUCCAGAAAGCGGCGGCGGAGCAGGUAGUGGAGGAAGUAGUGAAAUAGGUAUAGGAGGUGGCGGAAUUUCAAUAUCUGGUGGAUUUAUGACAGAAGAAGAUAGAGCAAUAAGAAAUAUGGAAGAAGGUGAGAGGAAUUCAGGUGGUGGAAAUAGAUGGCCAAGACAAGAAACAAUAGCUUUGCUGAAAAUAAGGUCGGAGAUGGACGUUGUUUUUCGAGAUUCUAGUCUUAAAGGUCCCUUAUGGGAAGAAGUUUCCAGGAAAAUGGCGGACCUCGGUUUCCAUCGAAGUGCCAAGAAAUGUAAAGAGAAAUUCGAGAAUGUUUACAAGUAUCACAAGAGAACUAAAGAUGGUCGAGCUUCUAAAGCAGAUGGCAAAACUUAUCGUUUUUUUGAACAAUUAGAAGCUCUUGAAAACAACCCUUCUUCUCAUCAUUCUUUAUUAUUGCCACCACCAAUUACUUCUUCUCGUCCCCCACCACCUCCAUUGGAAGCUACUCCUAUAAAUAUGGCCAUGCCAAUGCCAUCUGGAAAUGCUAAUACCAUAAAUCUUCAACUCCCAGCUUCACAACAACAAGGUACUACUACUGUCACUGUUUCAUCAGCGCCACCAAAUAAUAGUAAUAUUUUUGUGUCUUCUCAUCAAAAUACAAUCUCUCACCAAAAUAUUCCGUUAAGCUCUUCCAUGGCACCAUCACCAAUACCAUCGCCACAACCAGCUAAUAAUCCGAUAAAUAAUCUUCAACCAAAUACAAAUUUUCCAUCCCAUGAUCAGAAUAUUUCAGCAAUGUCGUAUUCGACUUCUUCAUCCACUUCCUCGGACGAGGAUAUACAAAGGCGGCAUAAGAAGAAGAGGAAAUGGAAGGAUUUUUUUGAGAGGUUGAUGAAGGAUGUGAUUGACAAACAAGAGGAUUUGCAAAGAAGGUUUUUGGAGACAUUAGAGAAACGAGAGCGUGACCGGAUGGUACGAGAAGAAGCUUGGAGAGUACAAGAAGUGGCAAGAAUGAAUAGGGAACAUGAUCUUUUAGUCCAAGAAAGAUCAAUGGCAGCAGCUAAAGAUGCAGCUGUUAUUUCAUUCUUGCAAAAGAUAACCGAACAGCAAAACAUCCAAAUUCCAAGUAACAUCAAUGUUGCUCCUCCAUCAGCACAAGUACAAAUACAAUUGCCCGAAAAUCCACCACCUCCGCCAACACGUUCACAAGUAGUGCAGCAACAAACACAACCAACUGCAGUUCUAGUAUCACCAGCGCCACCUCAACCAUCACCCGCAACACCAGCUCCAAUAUCAUUGCCGGUGACGAUACCAACUCCUGUAUCAGCACAGUCACUGCCACUAACACCGCCAGUACCAGCCAAGAACGUGGAAUUAACACCGAAAAGUGAUAAUGGGGGUGAGGGUUAUACUCCAGCAAGCUCUUCAAGAUGGCCUAAAGCAGAAGUUGAAGCGUUAAUUAAGCUACGAACACAGCUAGAUGUUAAGUACCAAGAAAACGGACCAAAAGGGCCGCUGUGGGAGGAGAUAUCAGCUGGAAUGAAGAAAUUUGGAUACAACAGGAAUGCCAAGAGAUGCAAAGAGAAAUGGGAGAAUAUCAACAAGUACUUCAAGAAAGUGAAGGAGAGUAACAAGAAGAGACCAGAAGAUUCCAAGACUUGCCCAUAUUUCCACCAGCUCGACGCAUUGUACAAGGAGAAAGCUAAGAACGAAACUUCAUCUUCUUCAUUCAGUAAUCCAUCAGCAAGUGGGUUUGCAUUAAACCCGGAAAACAACCCAAUGAUGCCGAUCAUGGCUCGUCCAGAACAACAAUGGCCGCUUCCGCCACAUCAUCAACAACCACAACAACACCAUGAAAGUACCCGAAUGGAUCACGACCACGAGAGUGAUAACAUGGAUCAAGACGAGGAUGAUGAAGACGAGGAAGACGAGGAUGAGGAAAAUGCGUAUGAGAUAGUGGCAAACAAACAGCAAUCAUCAAUGGCAGCAGCCAACACAACAACCACCACCACAGCUACUGCUACAACGACAGUUUGAGCGAGCUUAGCACAGAUCUCAAAUGGAGAAAGAGAAGAGAAGUGAAGAGGGGGGCAAAAAGAGCGGAAUUUUUAAAAACAAAUGUGGGUAAGUGACUGAACAUUGGGAAUAGCAAGUGGGUCAACAGAUUCUUGCAGGAAAGUGUCAGAUUGGAUCAGAUCUCAGAAAAUUCCGGUUGGUAUGAGAAGACGGUCACUCUGAAAAAUAGCUCAUUUGGAGGAAAAGGUGAACAAAUUGACACAUCAUUUCAUUUUUUCUUUUUUGUUGAAACUCUUUUUUCUUUUUUUCUUUUUCUUUUAAUUUUGAGUUGGGGAUGUUGGUAACGGGGUAUAGUGUAGUUUUUGGUGGUAUAAGCUUAUUUGCACUUCCAUUGUUUAUUUAUUGAUUAUCAAAAUAAAGUUUAUUGAGGGAAGGGGAGGGAAGAGAAAAAGGGACAUAAAGGGAGAUUUUUAAAGGAAUAAAAUGAAGGGACAAAGUCUGUAAUUUUUUUUUACGUCUUUUUUCUUUUAUAAAUUUCCUUUUUGUU